AUGAAUGCUCCGCCAGUGCUUGGCCAUCCGGCCGGCGUGUCACUGGCUCCGCCAGAGCGUCAAGGAUCCCCUCAAUCACCCGUCAAUCUGGGGUCCAACAACCCAUUCCGCAACCGCGCCCUGUCGCCGUCGGUUAGCUCUGCGACGUCCAAUACUCGUCCAGAGCGGCCUAGGUCGACGAACCCUUUCCUUGACGAAACGGAGACUUUGUCGCCGCAGUCGGCCCCUGGUCUCUCCUCUGAAACCAUGUUCUCCCCCGUCGAGAAGACCAACAUGACGGGAAACACUCGGGAGCUUUUUGAGAACCUGUCACUGAAGGAGACGAUCCCCGCCAGCGCAGCCGCAUCUGCGACCACCGCACCUCAACAGAAUGGCACUCGGCCAGCGCCUGCUGCGCCGCAACCCACUCCACGGCGGCCGUCAGCACGCAGACCACCGCCACGGGAUCGUCCGAGUGGACACGCUGCAGACCCGCGAUCGAAGGAUCCCCUGGACAUAUUCGCCGAUCCUCCUACCCUGUCCAAGUCGGCGACUACUGGCCCCGGCCGCGGAGAGAGACCGAGGCGACCCCGGCGAAACUCAGAGUCAUCUGUGAUGGAGCGAGCAUCGCAGCUCUUUGAUGAUGAUGAUGAGAAACGACGACGUGAAAGGCGCCAUCGUGAGCGCGACGCUCGUCAUCGAGACGGCAAGCAGCGGUCCUCUCGCAAAAAUCGCCGUCUGGAUAUCAUCGACAAACUGGAUGUGACUGGCAUCUACGGAACUGGAAUGUUUCACCACGACGGUCCAUUUGAUGCAUGCAACCCGCAUCGCAAUCGCAAGGGCGCGCGCACUGCCCCGAUGCAGGCCUUUCCGAAGGAUUCUAGAAACAUGGCCCUGGGCGGUGCAGGCCCGAACAACUCCAAUAUCGACUUGAACCUUUUCCAUGGUAGCACCCCAGAGGGGUACAACGAUUUCGCCAGGGGCGCUGUUACAGCGCCUCCACCCCGUCGCACCAACGAGCCGAUCACCUUCGACCCGACUACUAAUCUGGACCCUAUUCAUGGAUCGGAGAGCAUGGGCUUGGGCACGAGCACGUUCCUGGAUGGAGCGCCGGCCAGCCGCUCGGCCAUUGCCCGCCGCCAAAGUGAAAAUGAGAACCAGAUUGUUCAAAACGGCGGUCUUCAGCGCAAGAAGAGUCUGGCCCAGCGCAUCCGCGGACGCACUACGGGCGCUGUGGGUCGCGUCGCCUCCCCGACUGACCCUACCUUUGCUGCACAGGCGCCUGGAUCGAGCCAUUCUACCGCUUCCAGGAAUAAUGAGAGGAACCCAUACUUCCAGGACCACGACGAGGCGGGGGACAAGACGAGGGUUCAUGAACUCGAAGUCUCGGGCGGGCGUGUCCGAUCCUCGAGCAGCCCAAAGCAGUCGACAGGCCUGGAGCGCAAGUCCACGAACGACCGCUCAAACACUGGGGGCGAUGAGUCGAAACUGAACCCCGGCGGCGGCUUCCUGAACCGAAUGAAGAGUCUGCGCAAGCCACGCCCCGAGCGGCGCACCAGCGAGUAG